UGUGUGCUGGACAACUUUUGGUUUUGGUUUAACAGACACGCAACUAUUUUCUCUACAAAUUCCAAAAGACAGGUUCUGAGAUGUUUUGUUAUGUUUCCAGUAACACUGGACAGGAAGCUGCUGAACAAACCUGUUUUACUUCUGUGAAAGUGAAAGAAUUUCUGGAGUAUUGACACUUUAUUUAGAAGAUGAACAACUUGAACACCUUCUCAGAAGUUGAUCUAGACAAACAGAGACAGAGUGAGAUUAAUGACAACACAACAACGACUGUCGACUAAAGACAGUAAGCCAUUGCAGUAGAAGAGAUCAGGCCUGGUUGUACACAGCUCUCUGUUCAUGACCAAACACUUCACUGUAUUAAUGGUGCAAGAUGGAUUACUCCAAUCCUGACCAACCGGAUGGAUCUCCACAAAUAAAAAUGGGUGAAACCCAGGUAAAGAUAUCAGACUGUGCAGGACCCAGCAGUUCCUCCAUGAGCAGUGAUGUGUGUACAGAAUCUCCACCAGGAUUAAAUAAUGAAGACUUCUCAUCUACACACAGUAAAAACCAGAUAAGGAGGUCAGACUUACCGAGCUGUGUGUCCAUGAAGAGUGAAAGAUCUAUGUUUUUACCAACAGUGUUUAAAGAUAAGAGCGAAUCCUCACCCAGAUACAGUGACCUCCAGCGAGGGAGAGACAAAACAGAGCAGAAGAUCAUAAUCACAGACACAGGAUGUAGGUCUGUAACCACUGGACCUCAUCUUCAGGAGAGAUGCAGAUUAAAUCUGAUGAAGAAGUUUCAGCAUGUAAAUGAUGUGAUAACAAACCAGAGAAACCCAACACUUCUCAAUGAGAUCUACACAGAGCUCUACAUCACAGAAGGAGACAGUGGGAAAGUCAAUAAUGAACAUGAGGUGAGACAGAUCGAGGCAGCAUCCAGGAGAGCAGCAACAGAGGAAACACCAAUCAGCUGCAGUGACAUCUUUAAACCUUUAUCUGAAGAAGACAAACCCAUCAGGAGCGUUCUGACAAAGGGAGUCGCUGGCAUUGGAAAAACAGUCUCUGUGCAGAAAUUCAUUCUAGACUGGGCUGAAGGGAAAACAAAUCAGGAUGUUCAUCUCAUAUUUCCACUUCCUUUCAGAGAGCUCAAUCUGAUGAAGGACCAAAAACUGAGUCUGAUGGAGCUUCUUCAUUUCUUUUUUAAAGAGAUGAAAGAAACAAACAUUUCCACUCUGCACAAAGUUCUGUUCAUUUUUGAUGGUUUGGAUGAGUGUCGUUUCCCUCUGGAUUUCCAGAACACAGUGAGAGUGUGUGAUGGAACUGAAUCAGCAUCAGUGAAUGUGCUGCUGAUAAACCUGAUCAAAGGGAAUCUGCUUCCCUCUGCUCUCAUCUGGAUCACCUCCCGACCUGCAGCAGCUGAUCAAAUCCCCUCUGAGUGGUUUAAUCGAGUCACAGAGGUACGAGGGUUCAAUGACCCACAGAAGGAGGAAUAUUUCAGGAAGAGGAUCAGAGAUCAGAGUCUGAGCAACAGAAUCAUCACACACCUGAAGUCAUUAAGAAGCCUCUACAUCAUGUGCCACAUCCCAGUCUUCUGCUGGAUUUCAGCCACUGUUCUAGAGAGAAUGUUGGGUGAAGCAGAGAGUGGAGAGAUCCCCAAGACUCUGACUCAAAUGUACACACACUUCCUCAUCAUUCAGACAAACAUCAUCAAGAAAAAGUACACAGAGAGCAGAGAGGCAGAUAAAGAAAUGGUUCUGAAACUGGGUAAACUGGCUUUCAGGCAGCUGAUGAAAGGAAACCUGAUCUUCUAUGAGGAAGACCUGAUGGAGUGUGGCAUUGGUGUGACAGAAGCAUCAGUGUAUUCAGGUGUGUGUACUCAGAUCUUCACAGAGGAGUUUGGACUUCACCAGAGUAAAGUGUACUGCUUUGUUCAUCUGAGCAUUCAGGAGCACCUCGCAGCUCUGUAUGUGCAUCUGACAUUCAUGAAUAAAAAGAAAAAUAUUCUUCAGAAAAGACUGUUUUCUAAAAUGUCCACACUGCUCAGAGAAAUUACAAUGUUAGAUCUACACAAGAGUGCUGUAGAUCAGGCUUUACAGAGGGAAAAUGGACAUCUGGAUCUGUUCCUUCGCUUUCUUCUGGGUCUCUCACUGGAGUCCAAUCCGAUCCUCUUACAAACCAUAGUGACACAGACAGGAAGUAGCUCUGACAGCAGACAGGAAACAGUUCAUUACAUCAAGAAGAAGAUCACAGAGAAUCCCUCACCAGAGAAAUCCAUCAAUCUGUUCCACUGUCUGAAUGAGCUGGAUGAUCAUUCUCUAGUUGAGGAAAUCCAACACUACCUGCAAUCAGGAAAUUUACAACAAAACAAACUUUCUUCUUCUCAGUGGUCAGCUGUGGUGUUUGUGUUACUGACAUCAGCACAGGAAGAGGAUGUGUUUGUCCUUAAGAAAUAUACCAACAAAAACAGUAAACCCGAGGAGGUUCUUCUGAAGCUCCUGCCUGUGGUUGCAGCAUCCAGAAAAGCUGAUUUUAAUAAUUGUGACCUGAAAGAGGAGGGCUGUACAGCUUUAGCCUCAGUGCUCAGCUCUGAAUCCUCCAGUCUGAGAGAUCUGGAUCUGUCUGGGAAUAGAUUUAAAGACUCAGGAAUGAAGCGUCUCUCUGCUGGACUGGAGAAUCCUCACUGUAAACUGGAGACAUUGAGGUUGUGUAGUUGUCGUUUCUCAGAUGUUGGUUGUGCUGCUCUGACUUCAGCUCUGAGAUCAAACCCCUCACAACUGAGAGAACUGGAUCUGUCUAGGAAUUAUCUCAGAGACUCAGGAGUGAAGAGUCUCUCUGCUGUACUGGAGAAUCCUCACUGUAAACUGGAGACACUGAGGCUGGAGCGUUGUGGCGUCACAGAUGUUGGCUGUGCUGCUCUGACUUCAGCUCUGAGAUCAAACACCUCACACCUGAGAGAACUGGAUCUGUCUAAGAAUUAUCUCAGAGACUCAGGAGUGAAGAGUCUCUCUGCUGGACUGGAGAAUCCUCACUGUAAACUGGAGACACUGAGGUUGUGUAGUUGUGAAAUCUCAGAUGAAGGCUGUGCUGCUCUGACUUCAGCUCUGAGAUCAAACCCCUCACACCUGAGAGAACUGGAUCUGUCUGAGAAUAAACUCAGAGACUCAGGAGUGAAGUGUCUCUCUGCUGUACUGGAGAAUCCUCACUGUAAACUGGAGACACUGAGGUUGUGUGAUUGUGGCAUAUCAGAUGAAGGCUGUGCUGCUCUGACUUCAGCUCUGAGAUCAAACCCCUCACACCUGAGAGAACUGGAUCUGUCUUGGAAUAAACUCGGAGACUCAGGAGUGAAGCGUCUCUCUGCUGUACUGGAGAAUCCUCACUGUAAACUGGAGACACUGAGGUUGUCUGGUUGUGAAAUCUCAGAUGAAGGCUGUGCUGCUCUGACUUCAGCUCUGAGAUCAAACCCCUCACACCUGAGAAAACUGGAUCUGUCUUGGAAUUAUCUCAGAGACUCAGGAGUGAAGCGUCUCUCUGCUGUACUGGAGAAUCCUCACUGUAACCUGGAGACACUGAGGUUGUGUAGUUGUGAAAUCUCAGGUGAAGGCUGUGCUGCUCUGACUUCAGCUCUGAGAUCAAACCCCUCACACCUGAGAGAACUGGAUCUGUCUUGGAAUAAUCUCAGAGACUCAGGAGUGAAGAGUCUCUCUGCUGGACUGGAGAAUCCUCACUGUAAACUGGAGACACUGAGGUUGUACGAUUGUGGCAUCUCAGAAGAAGGCUGUGCUGCUCUGACUUCAGCUCUGAGCUCAAACCCCUCACACCUGACAAAACUGGAUCUGCAUUUUAACAAUCAAGAAGUCUCAGGAAAGGAAUUACCCUUCAGCCUUAAAGAUGAUAAAAGCCACAAACUCUAGGAUUAUGGACAUACAUAUAGUUAUGGAUAUACAAAUAAUUAGACCUGUUAGCAUUGUUUAAUGGUUUGUUUAAUGAAGACAAUAAGUGGAAAAUAAGUAGCCUGGUUCCCAUAAAGAACUAGUGAGGGAAAAACAGGUGCAGAUUUUGGUCAUUUGCAAGGAAGAGGGGUUCUAUGCUUGCUUGGAAUGAUUUGUUUAAGGGAGUGGUGUUACUGAAGAUAAAUGAAUUCUUCUUCUUCUUCUUUUUAUUAUUAUUAUUAUUAUUAUUGUUAUUAUUAUGACACACAUUUCCAUAGUGAUACCCUGCAGAAACCAGUCAUUACCACAGUACUCAAGUUCUCAGGUUUUGUUUAAGAUUCAGGUCAGUUCUCCAAUUUGUACAUCUCAGUUAUUCACUGCAUGUUAUUGCUAUUAUGUUAUUUUUUACGAUUCAUAAUGCAAGUCUUACCUUAAUUGUAAACUGUACUAAAGAAAAUCUAUUUUGUUGUGAUUAGUUAACUUAAGCUAAUAUAUAUGGACAUGUGCUGUAUGUACAAUGAAGGGAUAUACACCAGAUUGUAUUUAAUAAAAGUAUAAAACAUUGGAAGCUAAAAGGCAUUCAUUUUAGAAAGAAAUGUUCAGUAUGGUUUAACUGGGCUGCAGUGACUAAGUUUGAAUAUUUAAUCAUGUUAAUUAUAAAGCGUUAUUACAGAAACAUUAUAUAAAACUCGUAGGUCCAUAUUCUGUUUGUAAAACUGUUUCCAGCCCCAGGAUUGUUAAUGUCACUUAUAAGAACUUGAAGCAGGUUUCAGUUGCUUAUCUAAUUGGCUAAAUCUGAGUUUUUAAAACUUGAAAUUUUUUUAUUGAAUUUCUAAAAUGUAAAUUUGUGAAUAAGUUUCAGCCAUUUAGCAUCUGAUUUUGUUAAACUUUAAUUUAAUGCUAUUUUCAAUUUAGUUUAUUUUGAUAUAUUCACUCUCACCACUCUCAUCAUUCUCAGCACUAACCUUGCAAAAACCGGGCAAUCCUUGUACUAAAUAAAAACAUUGGUGAGUUUCUGAAGUAAUGAACUUUCUUGGAUUGGAAAACAUAACUGUAUUUUCUCAGUUUUAUUAGAUUUCUGCACAGUGCCUGUGAGUUUAGGGUGUCACUUUAUAAACUUCUGGCAACCUGAGCAUGCAGGAAAAUGUGACAUACCCCCUGUUCCCUGAUUCCCUCUCAGCUCAUGAACCCUCCAUUUCUGUCACACAUCUGUCAGUAGAAUAAGUGAAACAGAAUUAAUUAGCUCCUGCUGACCUGAGCUGUAGAGAGUUGGCAUUUGUCCAUUAUGUCUUAACUAAUUUAACUAAUUUAUGUGAAUUCUAUCUGAAAAACAGUGGACUUUGUUUUUAAUUAAUGCUGAAAUCUCUUCUAUAAUGUAAAAGUGAUUGAUUUGGUGGUUCAGUUCUACAUAGAAAUGUAAUAAAAACUCGACAAACAGAUAUGCAGAUAAAUAAAAUUAAACCAAACCAAACCAAUAACUAGACAGAUAGAUACACAAGAUAUACAAGAUAAGAAAAAACAAAACAAAAUAAAAAGUCACACAAAAUAUUUUUAUGCUUAAAAUCCAUUAUUAUAAUAAAUAAAUUCCUUUUUGCAUUUGCAUAUUGAUCCAUGAUUGGCUCUUAAAUUUUAUAACACAGUAACACUGUUAUGUGUAACUGCUUUCCCAAUGUGAGAUAUUCGGCUCUUGCUGGUUAUUAACUUUUACGUCGCACAACACAAAGAGAACUCGGAUGUUUUAGCCAUGAUGCCCAUGUAAUCCUCGGCCAAGAAAAAACCCCAACUCACCGGAUGACGGUGAUUUAGGGGUCAUUGGUACCAUCUACUGGACAUUUCUUUUUACUCUGCUGUGGUAACCUGGAUGAGAAAUUUUCGAGGAAAUU